AUGAAGAAACAAGCGAACCGUUUGGAUGUGCCGUCGGACUCGGUUCGGGUCAGUCGCAAGGAUCUGUACAGACAGAAUGAAGAGGACGAGUCUAUGUCGGACGGAAAUGGUGAAGAUGGAGCGUCGUUUGUGCCUGAUCUCGAGUUCACGGCUGUAGAUGUGGACCUGGAGGCCGGUUCUAAUGACGAACUGGGUCAAGAAGACCAAGAAGAAGAUGGCUACUUUUUUCCGUUGUUUGGAGGCGGUGUGAGCUCUGCUGCUGGUAGUAAAAAGGCAGAUGCUGAAACAGCAGCCGCUGAUGGAGAUUCAGGUGAUAAAGUGCUAGAGAAACCUGCUGAGUCGGUUACUCGAGUAAUUAUCAAAGAAGACGAGGAUGAGGAGGCUGUUUCGAGGGAAAGACCAGACUCUUAUUACAUUUACAAACCCGAUGAGCUGAAACGGGCUGAGUUCGAGUCCAUGGCGGUAUCUGGAGAGUUUGUUCUCCAGAACUCUUCAGUUCCACUGCCGGGAAUGAGACUGCCAGGGAGGGUCAUUGAUUAUACGGCUCUGGCAGAACAGGUGAAACUUGACAACCGAAAACGUCGUGCUCGUCCCGGCAAGAAAACUCGCGAGGAACGUAAACUGCAUCCCCGAAAACGGCCUCCCCCUUCCGGUUCGGCUGUCUAUGGUCAUACCAGGACGUAUGGGUCUUCCAAUCUCCCUUAUCACACGGAGGCCAAGAAACCGCCACGGAAUUUCACUAAAUCUUCCCGAGGUGGAUCCGCUGGUCGUGGUCGUGGAGCGGCAAGAGGUUCUUUCAGAGGUGGUCGCGGUCGCGGUCGUGGUCGUGGAAACUGA